AAAAAAAAAACUCCCAGUCCAGCAAGUCCUGCAGCUAGAAGAGGUAGUCUGGAUUUGCAGUCAAGGGACACUCACCAGCACAGAGCAGCUCUCUCUCUCUCCCCCUUUCUCUGACCCUCCCUCAGACACCCCAGCUUCACGCUGACGUUUUCGUCUCUCCUCACAAGCACAGCAUCUCCUUCUUUUCUAUUCUUUACAUACGAUAAUCAUGACGGCAAACAGCGCCGACGGAGACCUUCUGCAGAUCCCUCUGGGACUCGUCAACAGCGACGGAAAGUACCUGACGGCGGAGGCAUUCGGCUUCAAAAUCAAUGCCUCUGCCAGCAGCCUGAAGAAAAAACAGACCUGGACCCUGGAGCAGACUGGGGAGGACGGCAGCGCCGUGUUCCUCCUCUCCCACCUGGGCCGCUACCUUGCCACGGACAAAGACGGCAACGUUACCGCGGACAGUGAGACGCGCGACAGAAACUGUCGCUUCGUCAUUACCGUGCACGAAGAUGGGCAGUGGUCGCUGCAGUCCGAGCCCUACGGCCGAUUCCUCGGUGGCAGCGAGGACCGAAUCACCUGCUUCGCGCAGACCGCCUCGCCGGCGGAGAAAUGGGGCAUGCACCUGGCUGUGCAUCCGCAGGUCAUCCUGUACAGCUUUGCGCGCAAACGCUUCGCCCACCUGAGCGCGCACGGGGGGCGGCAGGAGGUCUCAAUAGACCGGGAUGUCCCAUGGGGGUUCGACUCGCUUGUGACACUAGUCUAUCGUGAUCAGCGCUACCACCUCGAGACCUCUGACAAUCGUUUCCUUCGCAAUGAUGGCAGCCUGUCCACCAAAACGGACAAGGAUACCGGGUACAUGCUGGAGUUCCGCUCCGGAAAAGUGGCAUUCCGCGAUUGCAACGGCCGCUAUCUGGCGCCCGUAGGCCCCUCCGGCACAAUGAAGUCUGGAAAGAAUACCCGGGUUGGGAAGGAUGAACUGUUUGGCCUGGAGCGCAGCCACGCGCAGGUCGUGCUGACUGCAGGCAAUGAGAGAAACGUCUCCACGAGGCAAGGCAUUGACCUGUCGGCCAAUCAGGAUGAGGAGGGGGAUCAGGAGGUCUUCCAGUUGGAGAUGAGCCGUGAGGACAGGAAAUGUGCCUUUAGAACUGCUGCUGGAAAAUACUGGACCCUGGCAGCAACUGGAGGACUGCAGUGCACUGCCUCCACCAAGUCUGCCAACAGUUACUUUGAACUGGAGUGGCGUGAUGGACGAGUGUGUGUUCGUGCAGCCAAUGGCAAAUAUGUUACCGCCAAGAAGAACGGACAGCUAGCUGCUAUUGUCGACAAUGCAGGGGAGGCCGAACAGUUUCUGAUGAAGCUCAUCAAUCGUCCACUCAUUGUCCUUCGGGGGGAGCAUGGUUUCAUUGGAGCCCGUAAACCUGGAAUGGCAACCCUGGACUCCAACAGAGCAUCCUACGAUGUUUUCCAGCUGGAGUUCCACAACGGAGCAUACGCCCUUAAAGACUCCCAGGGGAAGUAUUGGUGUGUCGCAGAUGACAUGGCGGUGGUGUGCGGCAACUCCACACCUGUCCCAUUCCUCUUCGAGUUCUGUGACCUCAACAAAAUGGCCAUUCGUGCUCUUGGGGGGAAAUACCUUAAAGGAGACCAUGCUGGAGGGUUAAAGGCCAGUGUCGACUCCCUGGACAGCGCCACCCUCUGGGAAUACUGAGAAAGCACAGCUGGACGUCACCACUAUGUGACACAACGCUUCAAACUAUUGGUAGUGGUAGAUGUUUUGUUUGUUUGUUUUUUGCAAAUGUGAGCUUGCCUGUGUGUGUGUUGUUGUGAAUUUGUCUGAAUGGAUGUAUGGUGGAAACUGAUAAAUUGGCAGUCACGGCCUCAAAACACUGCAGGUGUUUUGUUUUUUUCUAUUUUUAUUUCUUAAUCAUUAUCUCUUCUUACUGGGCUUUUUACUGGAUAUUUGAAUUUACAAUACUGCUGUUUCAUGAACAGUGUUGCUGUACACUAUAUGUUUUGCUUCCGGUCAAAGUUACACAAGCUGUACCUGAUAAAUGCCACAAUGCUUGCUGUUAUUAGUAGUGCCUAUCUGUGGUAACUACUGGUGUUUUGAACAUGUAGAAUGGUAUAAAUCAUAACUUUCAGUAUCUAACCUUCUCCUGUUAAGUGUCCUGCUUGCUCCAUUGCACUGCUUUCACCUCCUGUUCUCUUUCAAACUAUAAAGCAUAACUGACAUUAGAUAAAGAGAUGUAACAAAUUGACGUGUUUCUGCUGUAAAUGCUUUUUUGUCACAGGGUCUUUCAACAUAAUAACCAGGGUAACUUUAAAUGUGACUGUGUGCUGAGGCUGUAAAAAAACAAGUGGGACCUGGCUGGCAGAUUUGUUUCACCUGUGCACUCUCCAGUUUCCCUUCCUGGUUCCUCUCCAGAGAGUAGUUCAUCAGAUAAAUCAAAGGUUUUCAGUUAUGCUCCAAGAGAAAACCAGAGGUGAAAUAUACUCCACUAACCCUAACCAGAGGUGGUUAAAAAGAGCAUCGAAAGGAGCCUCCUUAGCAGAAUGAUCAUUUUUACUGUUAAAAGAAGUGGAAGGGAGGCGAUGAGUAGGACCUAGUUACCACACUACGCAAUAAAAUGCAUGUACAUACAUAAAAAUAUAGUCAUACACACAAAAAUUCCAACUGUGAAAUGUCAGUGACUCAAACUGCACAAUGCUGUAAUGUCCAAAUGCAAAAAGGUAAAAGCACAUGUCUUUGAUGAAAUGUCUGCCUUAGAUUUGGUGCUGCUGCUGGUGUGUUAACACAAAGACAUAGUCAGUCAUGUCUCUGACUAUUAUUGUGGCUGUGCCUUCCAUAGAGCAUUCAGUCUUUUCUUUUUCAUGUUCUCUGAACUGAACUGAAUAAACACCUUAAUAAAGUUUUCCCUCUUAAUGUAA